AAGACCAGAUCUCUUUUAUUUUGUGGGUCUACUGGGAUAUAGUUAGGUCACUGGGAACAUGCCCUUGAUGGAGACUUUGGAACCCUGGCACCUUCCUGUCCCGCCCUUCUGUUUUCUGGAUAUGAUGAGGUGAGCACCUUUGUUCUGCCUGACCUUCACUGCCAAGAUGCCCUGCCUCACCAUAGGCCAAAAACAAUGGAACCGGCAACCAAGGACGGCAUAAUAUCAGAAACUAUUGAUUGCCCAAUCACUGAAGAGUCAUGCCCUUUGCGAACAUUUAAGUCAGACACAGCUGAGGAACUUGGGACAGUGUCUCUUUCCCUGACCAGAGGAAAGAAGUAGCAUUGCUGUCUUCCGACCAAACAGGUUUAUGCAGCUUCGGGAACAAUGGAUUCCAUGCUAACUUUGGCAACGGAAGAACCCGUCAAAAAGGACACUCUCAAGAAAUACAAAAUAAUUUGUAUUGUUCUUCUUGCUUUGUUGGUGAUUGUGUCACUUGGAUUAGGCCUGGGGCUCGGCCUCAGGAAACCAGAAGAGCAAGGUAGCUGCAGGAAAAAAUGCUUUGACGCGUCGUACAGAGGACUGGAGGACUGCCGGUGUGAUAUGGGAUGUAAAGGUCGAAAGGAUUGCUGCUGGGACUUUGAAGACACCUGUGUGAAAUCAACUCAGAUGUGGACAUGCAACUCAUUCCGCUGCGGGGAGGUCAGACUGGAGUCGAGCCUUUGCUCGUGUGCAGAGGACUGCUUGGAGAGGAAAGACUGCUGUACCGACUACAAGAGUGUUUGCCAAGGAGAAACCCCAUGGGUGGCAGAAGACUGUGCCAUGUUGCAGCAGCCUCAGUGUCCAGAAGGGUUUGACCUGCCACCAGUGAUCUUGUUUUCCAUGGAUGGCUUUCGAGCUGAAUACUUAGACACAUGGAGUGCCUUAGUACCGAACAUCAACAAAAUGAAAACAUGUGGAAUUCAUUCAAAAUAUAUGAGAGCUAUGUAUCCUACCAAAACCUUCCCAAAUCAUUAUACCAUUGUCACGGGGUUGUAUCCGGAGUCACAUGGCAUCAUCGAUAACAAUAUGUAUGAUGUACAUCUCAACAAGAAUUUCUCACUCUAUUCGUCACAGAAAAAUAAUCCCGCCUGGUGGGGCGGGCAGCCGAUAUGGCUGACAGCAAUAUAUCAAAAUUUGAAAGCUGCUUCGUACUACUGGCCAGGAUCAGAUGUGGCUAUCAACGACUCUUUUCCUUCAAUAUAUAUGAAUUAUAGCAGCAAUGUUCCAUAUGAAAAGAGGGUCUCUACAUUGUUAAAAUGGCUGGAUCUGCCCAAAACUGAAAGACCCAGUUUUUAUACAAUAUAUGUGGAAGAGCCAGAUUCUGCAGGACACAAAGGUGGACCAGUUAGUGCUGGAGUAAUUAAAGCCUUGCAGUUGGUAGACAGUGCCCUCGGGAUGCUGAUGGAAGGCCUGAAGCAGAGGAACUUGCACAACUGUGUCAACAUCAUCCUUCUGGCUGACCAUGGAAUGGACAAGACUUACUGUGACAAGAUAGAAUACAUGAUUGAUUAUGUCCCGCAAAUAAACUUCUAUAUGUAUGAAGGGCCCGCCCCUCGCAUCAGGACUCGCAACAUACCUCAGGACUUUUUCACUUUUAAUUCUGAAGAAAUUGUCAGGAACCUCAGUUGCAGAAAACCCAACCAGCAUUUCAAACCCUAUUUGUCUCCUGAUUUGCCAAAGCGACUCCACUAUGCCAACAACGUCCGAAUCGACAAAGCUCAGCUUCUGGUGGACCGGCAGUGGCUGGCUGUGAGGACUACAGCAAGUUCUUCCUGUGCAGGCGGCACCCACGGUUACAACAAUGAAUUUAAGAGCAUGGAGGCUAUCUUUUUGGCACAUGGGCCAAGUUUUAAAGAGAAGACUGAAAUUGAGCCAUUUGAAAAUAUUGAAGUCUAUAAUCUACUGUGUGAUCUUCUACACAUUACUCCAGCACCAAACAAUGGCACCCAUGGUAGUCUAAACCAUCUCCUUAAGGUUCCAUUUUAUGAGCCGUCUCAUGCAGUGGAAGUGUCACAGCCAUCUGUUUGUGGUUUUAGCACCCUGUUGCCCACAAACACUCUAAACUGCUCCUGCCAUCAGCUACAGAAUACUGCUCAACUGGUGCAGGCGAAUCAAAGGCUGAAUCUGACCCAAGAAGAAAUAACAGCAACAAUGGAAGUAAAUUUGCCAUUUGGGAGGCCCAGGGUUACACAGAACAAGGACCUCUGUCUGCUUUACCACAGGGAAUACAUCAACGGAUUUGCAAAAGCCAUGAAGAUGCCCAUGUGGAGUUCUUACACGGUCCCCAAGCCGGGAGACACAUCACCUCUUCCUCCCACUAUCCCAGACUGUCUGCGGGCUGAUGUCAGGGUUACUCCUUCUGAGAGCCAAAAAUGUUCCUUCUAUUUAACAGACAAGAAUAUCACAUACGGCUUCCUCUACCCUCCGGCAAUUAAUAGAGCUUCUGAUAGUCAGUAUGAUGCAUUAAUUACAAGCAAUUUGGUCCCAAUGUAUGAAGAAUUCAAAAAUAUGUGGGAUUACUUCCAUAGGGUACUUCUUAUAAAACAUGCUGUUGAAAGAAAUGGAGUGAAUGUGGUCAGUGGACCAAUAUUUGAUUAUAAUUAUGAUGGCCAUUUUGAUGCAGCCAAUGAAAUUAUGGAACAUGUAGCCGGCACUGAUGUUCCUAUCCCAACACACUACUUUGUGGUGCUGACGAGUUGUAAAAACAACACUAACACACCCAACAACUGCCCAGGGUGGUUGGAUGUCUUACCUUUCAUCAUCCCUCACCGACCUACCAACAUUGAAAGCUGUCCUGAAAACAAAACAGACGAAGUCUGGGUUGAAGAACGAUUUAAAGCACAUGCUGCUCGGAUCCGUGAUGUAGAACUUCUUACUGGUCUUGACUUUUACCAGGAAAAAGCCCAGCCUGUCUCUGAAAUUUUGCAACUAAAGACAUAUUUACCCACAUUUGAAACUGUCAUUUAACUUAACAUUAAGACAACAUCAGCAAGAUGGAGAGGGUAUUUUCUGAUGGAAAAACAUAAAAUGAAGUUUUCUACGUUAGCUAUCCUCCCCUAAAAGCCACACUGCAUCUUUUGCAUUGUACUCUUCUUUUUUAUUUCG